CACCCGAUCUCGCACCUCGUCUCGCGCGCCGAGCAAGAGUGGGACGACCUGCUGCGCCGACAGAGCCAGACGCUCGAAGACGCCGUCGCAGAGUACCGUCGGCGGUACGGCAUGAACCCGCCCGUCGGGUUCGACAGCUGGUGGCGCUACGCCAUGCAGAACCACGUUCGCCUCGUCGACGAGUACGACCAGGUCCACUCGGACGUGCUCCCGUUCCUGUCGCUCGCCCCGUCCGAGUUCCGCCGACGCGUCAAGUCGCUC